UGAGCUAGUAUGUAAAAAUGUGAGGUGAAGUUUAAAAGCUCAUGGAUUGCCCUCCAGCUCUCAGUUCAGAGGAUGAAGACGAUGACUUUGGGGAUUUUACUACAGUAUUUGAAAAGAGUGUGGCUGCAGAAGGAGAUGCAGUGAAAAGCAGAAUAAAUGUUGGCAUAUCCCUCAGUUCUGCCGCAAAUGAUCCUUUCCAAAUUCCACCUAGACCGGAUUAUUUUUCGAUUGAAAGUACAAGUUCAACUCCACCCGAGCUACCCCCAUCUUUACCUAUGUCUCCCGAAACGCCUGAUGUCAACUUCUUUGCUUUUCAAGAUUCGGGUCGAAAAUCACCAGUUAUCAGUGACCCAUUCACAGAUGUCCCCCCAGUGACACAUGAGGGAGAUGGAUUAGAAAAACAUGACACUGGUCUGUUUCACGCUGGUUCGUUUGAAAUGGCGAAUCAGGAAAAUGAUGGUGCGCUUUUGCCUCAAAGCAACGAUCUUUUCGCAAACCAACCAUCUGAUUUCUUCCACAUUGGAGAUAGUCAUGAAAACAGUGGAACCGAAAUUGAAAAUUUCGAUGUUCAAUUUACUGAUUUUUCAAAUCAGACGGACUUAAAACAAGUUGAUGAUGAUAAUGCUGUCAAUCCUGAUUCCAAUAAUGAUGCAGACAUGGAGUCGGAUGACACUGCAUCUUUAAAAACUCUUGGCGAUAGUCAUAGUGCUGAUUCUUUCGCUUGCAUUGAAGAAAAUUCAACCGAGAUUACAACCACAGCUGCAAAUUCUGCUGAUAAAGUUUUUGGCGAACAAGAAUUUGUACCAAGUUUUAACAUAGAAACUCCAUCACCGCUUCAAGCAGCCCAAGGAGAAAAAUCAGUAUUUUCAUGGGAUAGUUUUGAGGAAAACAAGGACAAGUUUGUUGAAGAAACUGACAAAGCUGAGAUUGGCGAUCAAGACAGUGAAGCUCAAAAGGUUGAAGAUAUACCGGAUAAGUUUGCACUAUUCACCGAUGAGGAGGACGGGGUCGACAACUCAUCUGGAGGGCAGUUUGCUUCUUUUUCAGAGUUUGAAGACACCCCAGCUGCUGAUAAAGAAGCACCAUCUUUUAGUGAUGACAAGCAAGAAUCUGAAGUUGUAAAUCAGAAGACUAAUUCUGUGAACAGCAGUAGUAGCCUCCCCACCGAUAAUGACUCUGAUGAAUUUGCAAACUUUAGUGUUUGUCCAGGGGAGAAUGAGAUCACAGUUGAUUCGGAUAAGGAGUUUGCUGCUUUUCCUGAUCAUGAUGACGAAGAGGCUGAUAAAACAUUGCAUGACCAAGAUGAUCAUGUCAGUAAUGAGAGUGCUGUAUUGUCUGGAUUUGCUUCAUUUCUUGAGAAAGAUAACCCAGAUGAAGAGCAGUUUGCUUCUUUUUCAGAGUUUGGAGGAACCCCAGCUGCUGAUAAAGAAGCACCAUCUUUUAGUGAUGACUGCCAAGAAUCUGAAGACGAAGUUGUAAAUCAGAAGACUGAUCCCCUUAACAGUUGUAGCAGCCCCCUUAACGAUAGCGUGGAUGAUUUCUGCGAUUUUGCAGAGAUGGAGCAAAAGCCGUCUUCCACAGAAAUUGCAAGCUUGUCCGAUAAAGUAGAUACAGAUGGCUUUGCUGAUUUUGCAACCGGAGGCGAUGAUGAAUCGACCAAAAACGAAGCAUUAGGUGAUGAAAAUUUUGGAACCUUUGAAGACUUUGGAGCAAAAUCAGACGAUGGAGAUUUUUCUGAUUUUAAGGAAACAGAUAACAGAGACUUUUGUGACUUUGGAGAGUUCGACAGUAAAUUACGAGCAGCUUCAACGACUCCAGAAGUUGAUGAUGAUUUUGGUGACUUUGGAGACUUCGACUCUAAAUUACCAGCAGCUUCAACGACUCCAGAAGUUGAUGAUGAUUUUGGUGACUUUGGAGACUUCGACACUAAAAUACCAGCAGCUUCAACGACUCUAGAAGUUGAUGAUGAUUUUGGUGACUUUGGAGACUUUGAUACUAAAAUACCAGCAGCUUCAACGACUCUAGAAGUUGAUGAUGAUUUUGGUGACUUUGGAGACUUCGACUCUAAAAUACCAGCAGCUUCAACGACUCCAGAAGUUGAUGAUGAUUUUGGUGACUUAGGAGAAUUCGAUACUAAAUUACCAGCAGCUUCAACGACUCCAGCAGUUGAUGAUGAUUUUGGUGACUUUGGAGACUUUGACACUAAAAUACCAGCAGUUUCAACGACUCCAGAAGUUGAUGAUGAUUUUGGUGACUUUGGAGACUUCGACACUAAAAUACCAGCAGCUUCAACGACUCCAGAAGUUGAUGAUGAUUUUGACGAUGAAUUUGCUGACUUCGGGUCGCCUCAAGAGCAACCACCUCCAACUGUUAAACUGGAAGUUAAAACUGGACCUCUAUCAUUAAAAAAGAUGAUACAUGAGUGUUACGGUGGAUCCAACACAGAUGGAAAGAAAGAAGUCAGUCCAGGAGUUUACUCUGAUGGCCAGUUGUUUAUGGGUGUAGUGUACGAGACAGAUGCUCAGUUUGCUGUAAGCACCAAGUGGCUAACUACUCCCUCCUUUACCACCUUGGUUACCACCCUGUGCUUGUCUGCUAACAGUGUCCUUCCCACCUCCAAGCCCAAUAGUCAGGUAAAACAGGGAGUUAUAGAAGAUGAGUUCAGUGUGUUUGGUAGUGUGGAUACUACUGACACUUCCAACAAGCUCUCUGCUGGACUCCUUCCUGAGGACCUAUCUCAAUCUUCUACUCCUGCUCCUUCCAAGAAGCACGCAGAUAUACUGUCAGGAUACAAAAAGGAGCAAGCCAAGGAGCUGAGCUCUGAGGCUGCAGCUAUUUUAGACUCUCUUCCUGAUCUUAAGUUUAUGUUAUCUUCUGUACUCAUGUUCCCUGUCAAGGCUUCAUGAUAAUUCUCAUUGUCACGUGGUAUCACGUGUUUUUUGUUUGUUUUAGUUCCGAAAGAUGGGAGUAUAGUUUAAAAGUUGAUUUAAUUUGCGCAGGUUUACGUUAACAGAAUUUUGAUUAUUAUAAUGGAAUAAUUUUGAUGGAAUAUUUUGUACAGCCGACAUUUAAUUUAUAAAACUUAAAGCUUCGUGCCGUAUGAGUUCAGAAUACUUCUUGACUGAUUGUAUAUUAUUGACGUUGAUUUUGUUUAUAACCAUUAAAAACAAAAAUAUAUUAAAGCAAUUUUUUAUCUAAUA